GAGAGGUCGCUCGCAGCAGGCAAAAGAGGCGCCGGACCCGAGCUCUAUCCCAGCGGAACAUCGGCAGCCGAAGACUGCCCAAUUCACCAAGCAACCCAUCUCGCAGAGGAUUGCCGCGGUCGGUCUGGCUCGCUUGCAACCCGUAGUGGUGGCGCAGAUUUUCGUCGACUUGGGCAUUCUUCCUGAUCUGAGUGGGGCACAUGCAGAAUUUGAUUUUGGCGCGGUGGAGUUGUGCACGCGGCCCGAGCAGGGACAUUCGACCUCGGCGGCCAGCUGCGAGAUUCCGCCUUUGGAGGACCAG